AUGUCUCAAAACUGCAAGUCUACUUACUCAACAGCCACGACAAGGGAUGCCAAUAACAACACUCUGUACCAUGGAGGCAGCUCGUCGGUGUAUGGUGGUCGAGGGUACACACCACCCAGCGUUGCUAGCAGUGGGAACUACAAGCAAGUGACGGCGAAAGUGCUAUUCGGGAGCGUGACGGCGAUCAAUGACCUCAAGCAGCAGAAGACGAGCAAGCGGAUGCAC